UGGAAUUGGGGCUGGGACAGGAAUUAUCAGCAGUUUUUUUUUUUUUUUUUUUUUUUUUUAAAUUCUCUCCUGUAUCUACACGCUGGAAGCUGUCUGGAGACUCGUUCCUUAACCCUAGAACACUAUCGCUAAAAUUUGUCACACCAUCACUAUCGCUGGGUGAUUUUUACAUGAAAUAAUAUAUCCAAGAAAAAGUACUUGCCAUCAAAAUAUAUCAAAAUAGGACAAUACAUGACAAAUUAAAGUACUUUCUUUUUAACUGUGCAAUGUCCAAAGGGAGGAAAAAAAGUGCCAUGAGGGGGGCAUAUUAAAAUGCAAGAAAAUAACUGAAAAAAUUCCUAAUAUAUACAGCACAGGCCAAAACUUUGGACACACCUUUUUUUUCAAUGCAUUAUCUUUAUUCUCAUUACUAUUUUAAUUGUAGAUUCUCAGUGAAGGCAUCAAAACUAUGAAUGAACACAUGUGGAAUCACGUGCUUAAGAAAAAAGUGUGAAAUAACUGGAAUUUUAGAUUCUUCAAAGUAGCCACCCUUUGCUUUUUUGAUAGCGCUGCAAACUUUUGCUGUUCUCUCAAUGAGCUUCAUGAAGUAGUCACCUGAAGUGGUUUUUACUUCAAAGGUGUGCCUUGUCAGGGUUACCUUGUGCCUGACAGUCAGUCACUAAGUACUUCUGUCAUCAAGAGCAAAGGGUGGCUACUUUAAAGAAACUAGAAUAUAAAACAUGUUUUCAAUUAUUUCACACUUUUUUUAUAAGUACAAAAUUCCACAUGUGUGUAAGCUUAGUUUCUUUUCCACCCAUUCUUGGGGAAUGUGAGUCUUCCCUGGGGAAGACUCAGGGUCCUUGGCACAAUAACAGCUGCAGGAGAGAGAACCAAAAUACAGGGCAUAUUUUGAGUGAGCAAAAAUGACCAUGUUUCUUAUCACCAUAUAAAUUCCCUUGAAAAUCUCUACUUUGAGAUAGUUAUUCAUAACCACUGUGUUAAAUAAAGGUAGCAUGCAAAUUCCAGGACCACUCUUACUGACCUUAAACACGUGCCUGUAGGAAAAAGCAGGUUUUGGAUCAGGGAAACAAAUAUGCCAUCAAAGAUAUCAAAGGCAAUGCUGAAGCUACCCGGGAAUUUAUUAUACUCAGACAAACGCAACAUAAUGAAAAUAACGUAAACAUGUUUGGUGAAAAUCACCCGGUGAUAGUGUUAUGGGGUUAAUCCAGUGGUGGGGGUACUCUGUACUUCUGGAUGUGAACCGCCUCUAAGAACCACCGAAGAAGAAGAAGAAGCGGUAGUGGACAUACCGGAAGACGGGCUUGCCUCCGUUACAGUCUAAUGGCCGCUCUUGGUCCCGUUAUGCCGUGACAGGAACUCUCAGCGUCCGGCUUUAAGGCGUUUCAGGUCCGGGAUAGCGAUACCGGGGCUGGUCUGUGUGCGGUCCGUGUGGUGAAUGUCUAUAGUAGGGUUUUAUUCUCCCUUUCUUCUUAACUUCCAUGACCUCUGAGCUUACUGCCACCUGCCGUCUGGACCUUUAUUGAAGUCGGUACUCGGACAUGAACGGGGUCCAGCAGAAUUUGUUUUCUCUUCAAUAGCGCUUAUUUAACCGGAUCGGCCUGCGCUUCUGUCCCCACAGAGGAGGCCAGGAUGAAUGGAUUUUCCCUCGGUGAACUGUGUUGGCUGUUUUGUUGUCCACCAUGUCCCAGUCGCAUCGCGGCCAAGCUAGCUUUCCUCCCCCCGGAGCCCACGUACUCGCUGCACACCGAUGCUAACGGGGUGGCUAGCUUACACCUGACCGAGCGUGCUGACUGGCAGUACUCCCAGAGAGAGCUCGAUGCUGUGGAGGUGAUCAGCACCAGAAGCAGCCGGGGGAACCGGGUUGGAUGCAUGUUUGUACGCUGCGCCCCGAACAGUCGGUACACUCUGCUGUUCUCACAUGGCAACGCCGUGGACCUGGGGCAGAUGUGCAGUUUUUACAUCGGCCUCGGCUCCAGGAUCAACUGUAACGUGUUUUCCUACGAUUACUCAGGAUACGGAGUCAGCACCGGGAAGCCCUCCGAGAAGAACCUGUAUGCGGACAUCGAGGCGGCCUGGCAGGUGCUGAGGAACAAGUGAGUAUGAGACACACGACCAAAGACCACUAAAAAAGAGUCCCCGUGGUCUUAAAGGUUAAAUGUCGACUCACCGGAGCUCCUUAAUGUCAUUUUCUGUCAUGAUUUGACCAAAGUAUUAUUGAGAAUGAAUUUUAAUAUGAAAUCCUCAUUGCACUACCUGCUCUGUGUCAGUGGUUCUUAGGCCUGGGCGAUUUGGCAAAAAAAAAAAAAAAAAAAAAGAUCACGAUAUAUUUCGUCAUAUCGUCCGAUCUCGAUUAUUAUCACGAUUUUUUAACUGCCUGUUUUAAAGCAUCUGUACUAAAAACUAAAGAAAACAGAGAUUAGUUCAACAUUUUAUUAACAUACAAAGUAAAUAACAAAGCAAAUUGAAUAAGAUACACUUAGAAAAAUAUAAAAAACAUAUUAACUCAGCAGUACAACAAAUGUAGAUAAAUACUAGAUAAUACAGUGAAUUAGUUUACAGUCCUGAGUGUUUUUAAGGUAUGCCAGACCCAAAAUAAUCAAAUCGCUCCCUCAGGGAUAAUGAAGACGCCUUAAAAUGUAAACAUUAGAUGAUGUAAAUGUAGAUGAUACGAUUAAUCGCUGCCUAGGUCUGGUGACUCCACUGCUAGUUGUGGUUAAACUGCUAAUGCUACUCGUGCCAUCAGCAGUGACCGGCUGUACAGACUAUGCUCACAUUUUCACGCUUUCUGCAUGAUCAUUGGGGAAGUACUUCUUCAGACCAUUAAACAGAUUUGUUGCGUAGCUGGUUUUUGAGAGCACCGAUCGCCGACAUACCUUGUGCAUUGGAUAAAUUACUCGAUGUCACUUUGGAGAUACCCGAACCACCGCCACACAACCAACGUUGAAUGACUUCUCAACAAUAACAUCUUCAGAGAAUGACUUAAAGUCACGACUGAUAUCUAUUUUGCUGCCCUCAGCUCCGCAUUUAGCUCCAUGUUCGGUCAUUCUGUUUACUUCUCCUGUUUACUUCUCCGGCAACUUAUAGCUUGACUCUGAUCGGCUGUUGUGAUGCACAUUUCCUCUAUGUUUGAUCGAGUAAAUAUGCUCUCAGAUGAUCACCAUAAAUGUUGUCCUAGCUCACAGAGUUGAUCAAGAGUUAUUUUCUUGUUGCUAUUUCAAAAUUCACCCAUUAAUUCACUAAUUAUCACACAGAUUAGCUCUGUUUUAAAGAGACUGGAUCUGGACAGUCUAACAAUCCCUUGAUUUUCUUGGUGAGAUAGAAAAUCUCCUGGAUGUCACCAGAAAAACAGAAAAAAGCAUUAAGUCUUCUGCAAAACAGUAUCGUGUCAUAUAUAAUGGCAGUUUGCAUGUCAGACAUGUAUACAGACACUUAAUUGGCUUGUUUGAUCAUUUCCCUAAAGUCAUCCCUGAAUGGCACAUCUAUACACGUGUAGAAACAUGCUUCUUGACUGUAACUAGAGACCAUACUGGACUAAAUCUGAAAAACCACCAUUAACCGAGCGUUUGAGUCUUCUGUCCCCCACGAGUGCUUCCUCACUUUCUUUGUAGUCAUUCAUACUGACUGUCUCACAUGAUGCAUCACAUUAUUGCUGAUAUUUCCUGCACCAGCUGCUCCUGCUCACUGAGGUGUCUACAUAGAAUUCAUAUUAAUGUCUGUACUUUCAUGUCACAGUUGUGUGAGGUCAAGUCAUUCAGAUAGUGUUGAGGUUGGGUCAUCAAGUGAGACAAAGAGUGGUGAGUGGAAAUAAAUCAGAGGGAAAGACACUCUUGAAGUGGUGCCAAAGCAGUGCACUUUAAUUCAUGUUAUUGGCAAAUGGUAAAAAUAACAGCAGCACAGGUAAUUGUUGGAAUGCUGGACAUUGGCCCCCAUAAUCGGCCAAGGCUGAUAAUCCUCAACCCUUAGUUGUGAUAAAGGCUUCAGGCAGCUGCUGGAGUAUUCUGAGCUACCUUAUGUAAUCCCUAGUUAGCAGACCAUUGCAGAAACUGUGCUGUGGUGGACCUUCUGUAUAUUCAUCAUUUAUCUGAGAGAACAAGCAGCUGCAGUCAGUUAGGUGGAUGUCUCUGCUCUCAACACUUUCUCCACCUGUCAGAGGAUGGCGCACUAAGCUGUAAAACGCCCACAACGAUAAUGUGAUCACAUUUGAAGGCAAGCUUCAAAACUCAAACGUUUACUGAUUGUUGUAAUAACAGUCAUAAUAAUCUUAUGAUUAUUAUUAAGUCUUUUUAAGCAUCAUUAUUAUUAUUAUUAUUAUCAACAAUUGCAAUGAUGAUAAUAACAAUAAUACUAAUUGUUAUCAUUAACAACAUCAGUAAUGAUAAAGAUUUUAAUGAUAAUGCAUUUUAUUUGUACUGUGCUUUACAUCUAAUAAUAAUAAUUGUUAUUGUCGUAGGGGUGUUAUGAUUCAUCCACAACAUCAAUGUAUUGAUUUUUUUUCGUUAAUCCAACUACAUAGAUCUGCGCUCGGCAAGUUGGCCUUUUAGACGACAUAUAUCAAUCCUACAUUGUUUGAAAUGUAAUGAAUUGUUUGCAUUGACACUAGGAAAUAAUUUUUGUCGAAAAAGUUACUGACUAGAUUUUAAGUUACUGAAUCAUUUCCAAUUGUAUUUUUCUAAAUAAACCAAUAUCAUCCUUGAAUCGAAUCUGCAGCCAUGAAUCAUGAUACAAAUCGAAUCGCUGUUAAAAUGAAUCGUUACACCCCUAUAAUAUUGUUAUUAUUUAUAUAACAAUAACAAAUAUUAUCAUUAGAUCAGAUUCUUUGAAUUGCUUUACGGUGCUGCUUUAAAGUUGAAAGACUGUGUAAAUUCUGCCUUUGCUGUUUUUCACUACAAUAAAAUACUGCUAUUGUAGUAAGUUCUCUAUAGGCCAUGAUCAUUGUCUUAAAAUUAUAGGAUAUGUCUGAUAUGUAUCUUGUUGUGAGGCCAUGGGAAAUUGCUAGCCCCAUCUCCUGCCAAAGUUAAUGUUGUGAGAUAGCCUCAGUCUCCUCGACAUGAGUUUGUUUCAUCGUUGUAUUUCUCUAUUUUUUUUAAUAAAGGGUGCUGUCUUGUCCAUGUUAUUUACAGGUAUGGUGUGACACCUGAGAACAUCAUCCUGUAUGGUCAGAGCAUCGGCACGGUUCCAACCAUCGACCUGGCAUCUCGCUAUGAAUGCGCUGCUGUCAUUCUCCACUCACCACUCAUGUCAGGGCUACGGGUGGCCUUCCCUAGUACAAGGAAGACUUACUGCUUUGAUGCUUUUCCAAGGUAGGUGUCACACCUACAGAGACAGGCUAAAUGUAAGGUGCACACCAUCGAAAAUAUAUAAAAUACAUUCAAAACAAAUGCAGAGUGGGUAAGUCUGUAAGUGCAUUCACUUAUUGAGAAACAGGGAGAUGUGGUUAUGGGAGGUCCAGGGUCAUGCUUUCCAAGUUAUCACAGCCAUGUGCAUAACUUGGUACAAAUAUAAAUACAGAGAUUGGAAAAAAAAAACAUAGCAGCAGCCACCGGAGAAAAUCAUGUUAAAGAUUUUCAAUCUGAAGAAAGGUGGAAAUUGUUUUCUGUUUCAAUCUUGAACUACAUCUCCACAUGCAUGAAAGACAUUAAAGAUCUCCUCACUAUGCCCUGUGAAAAUCAUAUCUCAAUCUUUUCGUUCUGCAUGUCAAGAUGUGAAGACAGUUCAUGCAUUCAAGCUUGUGGAUUUCCAACUACUGUAUCAGGAUCUGUAUGUCUGUUAGUAAGUAAACAGUGUUUCCCACAGGGGGGGGAAUGUACAGUGGAUAUAAAAAGUCUACACACCCCUGUUCAACUGCCAGGUUUUUGUCAUGUAAAAAAAUUAAAUCAAGAUACAUAAAUUCACAACUUCUUCCACCUUUAAUGUGACCUAUAACCUGUACAACACAAUUGAAAAACAAACAGAAAUCUUUCAGGGAGGUGAAGCAAAAAUAAACAACUGAGAUCAUGUGGUUGCAUAAGUGUUCACACCCUUUAAUAACUGGGGAUGUGGCUGUGUUCAGUUUUAACCAAUAACAUUCAAACUCAGGUUAAUUUGGAGCACACACCUGUCACCAAUUAAAGUGCCUCUGAUUAACCCCAAAUUAAGUUCAGCUGUUCGAGUAGCUUUUCCUGACAUUUUGUAGCCACAUCUUCCAGCACAAGCCAUGGUCUGCAGAGAGCUUCCAAAGCAACAGAGGGAUCUCAUUAUUCAAAGAUAUCAGUCAGGUGAGGGCUACAAAAUAAUUUCCAAGGAAUUAAAUAUAACGUGGAACACAGUAAAGCCCGUCAACAUCAAGUGGAGAAAAUAUGGCACAACGGUGAUAUUACCAAAAACAGGGUGUACGUCCAAAUUUGAUGAUAAGACAAGAAGAAAACUGGGGCCUGUUCUACGAAGCAGGAUUACUGCUUAGCGAGAUAACUUCGAGGGUAAGUUCGGGAUUUCCUGUUCUACGACGUGGGUUCACUUCUUAGCGAGGCGAGUCUCCAUAGCAAUAUAUGCUGAACGGCUAACCUGCUCCGGGGCAGGUUAAGUUCCAGAUUGAACUCAAAGAGUAUAAAAACCCCGCCCACUGACCAAUGAGCUCUCUCGAAAAACGGCUUGUCCGUUCUUGGAGGAUCCUGUAGACCUCGGUGCUCGCAUUGUCCGAGGAGCACUCCGGCUCGCGAGAGUUUACAGGGAGAGUUUUCUCCAUAUGACCACCUUUAUGAAAGGCUCAUAUGGCCGACAUAUUACACAAAACAUGUAAACACGAUAGGAAUGAACAAAUGAAUCAUCCAUCUUGGGAAUGAAUGGGCAUGAGCUGCAGGAGCUGCGCGAUCAACAUCUCGGUACUAUUUAGUAGCAGCGCACGCCCCUUAUAAUAACCCCGUAAAUACUGUUGUUCAGGACUGCUUACUUGUGCUUCCUACCCACUGUAACAACCGUUGUUCUUGCCCACAUGCAACAUUUUUGUUCUCAUUCAUGAAACGCUUAAAUCAGGGACAUUUUCGGGGACAGCUUUAGCCAGGGACAGAUCAUCCAAUUCGGGGACUGUCACUUUAGUUAAAAGCACAUGUUGAACAGUGCUAUUUCAGGGUGAUAAUGGCAUCAAAGAUUACUUUUCUGCCAGCCUUCCCUCCAUGCUUUUGCAGCGGCGACGGUGUUGCUUUUGAGGUUUGUGAUAGCUUUCAAUUCUUCAUACUUUCUCAUGAUCGUCUCCUGUUACUCGUUUGUUAAGUCCUCGGUCCUUCACUCUCCAGCCUGCUCUGACGCUCCAGACUGGUCCAUGUUCGUGAUUGGUCAGAUGCGGCGGGCUCUGCCUUAUAUGUGUACACGCGCUCAUUGCAGAGCUGGAUCCACUUAUGAGGUUGAUAACCAGCGUCGUAAAACCGCUUAGUGAGACCACUGGCUACCGCGCUAAGUUGAGCGAGGUAGCUCCAAGGCUACCUCGCUAGGUUGAACCUGCUUCGUAGAACAGGCCCCUGGUCAGGGAGGCUACCAAGAGGCCGACAGCAACACUGAAGGAGCUGCAGGAAUUUCUGGCAAAACCUGGCUGUGUAGUACAUGUGACAACAAUCUCCCGCUGUCUUCAUAUGUCUGGGCUAUGGGGUAGGGUGGCAAGAUGGAAGCCUUAUCUUACAAAGAAAAACAUCAAAGCCCGGCUAAAUUUUGCAAAAAGACAUCUGAAAUCUCUCAAACGCAUGUGAGAAAAUGUGUUAUGGUCUGAUGAAACCAAAGUUGAACUUUUUGGGCAUCAUUGCAAAAGGUAUAUUUGGCGCAAAAUCGACACUGCUCAUCACCAAAAGAACACCAUACCCACAGUAAAGCAUGGUCGUGGCAGCAUCGUGCUUUGGGGCUGUUUUUCUUAAGCUGGAGCUGGUGCCUUAGUCAGGGUGGAGGGAAUUAUGAACAGUUCUAAAUAACAGUCAGUGUUGACACAAAACCUUCGGCCUUCUGCUAGAAAGCUGAAGAUGAAGAGGAACUUCAUCUUUCAGCGCGACAAUGACCCAAAGCACACAUCUAAAUCAACAAAAGAAUGGCUUCACUGGAAUAAGAUUGAGACUUUGGAAUGGCCCAGCCAGAGUCCAGCUAUGUGAUCACUGAAGACAACUCGCUGAUAUUCACUGCACGCCCCGCGGUGCACCUGUGUGCGCUACAUAUACUGAUACAUACUGAGUGGGAGGUAGCGCCACGAAAAAAACCCCUUAUUUUUAAGGUGUGCCGGCUUUUAUUUUGCAGCGGCAGUGCACUAGGAUCUAUUGCAUGUAGGGGGAAACCCUGAAACAAGCACAACUUUGAUCUGUUGUUUUUUUCCCUCCUAUCUGCCAAUUCUUUGUUGUACAGCUACAUAUUCACUAUUUUAAGUCUCACCUAAUCCUGUAGUUGUCUCUGUACAGCAGAGCGCUAAAUGUCUGCUAACAGUUAUAUCUUUCUGCUCAUAUUCACAUUUUACACAGCCGAAUACAUUCUGACUUUAUUUCUCUUGUCUCUUUUACUUCCAUAGUAUAGAUAAGGUGUCCAAGGUUGCAUCCCCAGUGCUGGUGAUCCAUGGAACAGAAGAUGAGGUGAUAGACUUCUCCCAUGGUCUCGCAAUGUAUGAGCGCUGCCCCCGUGCUGUCGAGCCCCUGUGGGUGGAGGGAGCGGGCCACAAUGACAUUGAACUUUACGCCCAGUACCUGGAGAGACUCAAGCAGUUCAUCUCCUUUGAGCUUCCUACCUCUUGAGGGGAGCACAGCACUGAAGGUCGGAGUUCAUCAUAACAAUCUUUUGAAGCCAUCUCUCGAUUAUCAUCCAAGUUCUGCUCUGAGCAUGGGGACGUGACUUGAGUGAACUCGUCAUUUUGGUCAUUUUGUUUCCUUCGGGGUAUUUGAAGGUGUAAUGCAGACUAACAGAGAUGAUUUAAGAUUGUUGAGGUGCAGCUGAGGGUAACAGCUUACUAUGAAGUGUCCCCAUAACCUGGCUGGUUCUCUGAAAUGUGUGUACAGAACCUCAUCUUGAGGAGUGUUUGCACUCUCUAUACAACCCGCAGCUUAAACUCUGUCUCUAUCCCCGGUUCUCUGUCAGCAUCCAUCACUGUGAGCCUCAGCUCGUAACCCUGACUUAUUCUUCUCCCUGUUGUAAUAACGCGGCCUCAUUUUCUUUUUGACUCUUUGCAGCAUUUCAAACUUGCUAAUUUUUCAUGUUUUUUAUCAGCUCGAAGUAUCAAUUUUGCUAUUCAAGAUGCAAAUGAAGUUUUUUACUUUUUUCUGUAAUUGUAAGUUACCUUGUAGGGUUGAUGAAACAAUUGCACUUUGAUUGUGCAGAAAUUUUCAGGUAUUUAUUUGGAUAUGUAUGAGUUUAUUUCUUUUGUUAUCAUUCCAUAUUUUUUAUGCAGGGCAGUGCUAUCUUUGUUGUCCUGAUGCCUGUUUCUCUCUCUCUCUCUUACAGUCAUCUGAAAAUGUGAAAAAAUACCAGAGACAAGAAAACUAUAAGGGGAAAUGGACUUGAUUAUAUUGUAGUCAGAACUUAGAUAUUACCUCCGGUACUCACCUCAAACAAAUGCUUGCAUUUAAAACUGGACUGGCAACAAUCUUAUGAUUGAAACUCACAGAUGAAGAGCAAAGUUGUCCUGAAGGUGCAAACUGACUGUAUUUUGACUUGUUGAUAAUCGAUAUAUGAAUGUAAUGAUAGUAUAGGACUAACAGGAUGUAUACAAUCACUGAGCAGUAAGACUGGGUCAAACAGACCAAAAGCCAAAUCCUUGUGAGUAAGUCUGCUCAUGUCAGUCAUUUCUGAAAACCAUGCUGGAGGCCAUAAGCUCUCUCUCUCUAAGACAGAAUGUCUGAAAAAGAUGCUGCUGACAAACAACCCUGCAUCAAAGUUGUCUCUAAAGUGACAAAAACAUGGACUGGAGCUUACACAAUCCAUCUCCACCAUCAGGGAGUGAAGUUCUUCAUCACUACCAUCCUUUUGAUAUUACAGAGGCUGUGUGAGAUACAUGUAGAUCUAGAUUACAUCUGAUGUUUGUCAAAACAGUGAGGGAACAUGUUGGCAUGGUAACCCUCAAAGAUAAAGUGAGACAAAGUGUUUCUGUUGAAACGGUCGCACUGGAGAAAUGAUCUUCUUUGCCACAUUAUUUUCAUCAUGAACAUGAUAAGUUUACCUACAGCUCGAGCAGAAACACCCUAACCUUGGAGAGCUGUAUAAAAACUGACAUCUCAGCAGCAGCCCCGACCUCACUGAGGAGGAACACUACUGAAAUAGCACUACAGGCAGUUACAGCCACCCCACCCAUUAGCUGGAGUGUAAGCUAACCUAAUGAGCAUGGACCACAUGGAAGUGCCCUCUGCAGCUGAGAUGAGUGCAGAUCAAAUCUAUAAGAGAGGAAAGCUCUUGGGUCAUAGUAUCCCUUAUUUGAAAAUCAUGUAAUUUGAUGAAUCACAGAAUCAAUAUAAACUGCUCUGGUUGAUCCAAAAUCUUGCGCUCUGAUCGCAGCAAUCAUUCUGUGCAAGUCUGGCCCAUGCACUUGAGUUCUGUGUCAGUAUCGUGUCUGUAAAUUGUGCCAUAUGAGGGGAAACAUUUGCCACAGAGCAACCCAAGAAAACCCUGAGUAUCUGGGUGAAAGAGAGAGAAGCAGGUAUCGGGACUUUGUUUACUGUCGAUCAUGUGGUUUUAAGACUUGACUGCUGUUUGCUGUUUUUCUACAGCCACAGACUGGACUCUGUGCCGUAAACUCAAGCCAGGGACCUUGGUUCUAAAACUCAAGGUGGAUGUACUGUUGCUUGGUUAGCGUAUUAAUUUAUCAAUCAUAUCUACAGACGAAGCCUUAUGUUUACAGACAUUUCAUGCAGUCCUGCGAACCACAGCAGGGCCUUUGUGUUCUCAGGAGGACUAAUAACUGCUGCUAUUCUUUGGAGGUAUCAAUCGAUCACUGUGAAAGCCAGAUAGCAUGGGGGACUAAAAUGACAGGAAGUUACUUCAACCAAAUUUACCCUGACCACUGUCAUGCCUUUUAUCAGCCAUGCAUUUCUGCCUACAGUAGGAGGGAAACCAGCCAGGGAGGCCCAGCUCUAACAAGAAGUGUUGUCUGCCCACAACUCCAACUCAGAGGUAUUUCAAGAACCACGAAGAAGAAAUAUGAAUGCAUGCCUAUUAACUGUAAUCUCUGAAAACACUAAGUUGACUGAAGUGUAUUUAUAAAAUAACUGACAAAGCAAAACUGAAGUUUUACAGUCUCAUUAAAGUGCAAACAAUUGUAAGACAGUUGCCCAGCGGUCGUUGCUUCAAGUGCUAACAGGAGAGGAUGUAAUGUUCAAUCAGUGUACUGCUGUGAAUUGAUUUGUCAUUUGGGUUUUGAUGUUUUCUGAUUCUAGAUCAUGUCUUUUGGAUAACAAGCCCAUAACUAUUUCCAUGUCAUUUCCUCUUGCUCCUGUUUUUGAGAGGAAAUGAGGACCCGUCUUUAGUCUUGAUUAUUGUUUUGAUACUGAAAUUUGUACACAGUUUUCAAGUCUAAUUGUUGAUAGAUUUACACUGUCUCUGGAGCUGGUUUAUAUGAUAAUCCUUUGUAAUGGUAUAAUUCAGCAGCUAAUGUAUACAUAGAAGCUCAUACAGUGGGCGGUUUAGUCUCAUUGAUUUAAACACUGGAAUCAUGAUCAAUUGAAGGAAGCUUGUAGAGUCUGACAAACUGAUGUAUGGUAAGGGACUGAUGAGCCUUAAACACCAAACUAUGAAACUGAUGAUUCUGGUGUUCUUGAAGAAGAAGCUUCAUGGAUGUUUUAAUGCUGUCAUGAUGGAAUAAAGGAUGCAUGAAAAUAAGUCUGUGACCUUAUUGUCUCCUGUGUUAAAGACAGAAAAGUCUGGAUUAUCAUCUGUACUUCUGUUGAACAGAUCUACGAGAGCUUCCUUACAGAUCUUCCACUAAGGUUUAAAAACCACUGAAUGAAGUGAAAGAGAAGGUUUCAGAUGUUGAAUUGUCCUCCUUAGUUUCAUCUGAAGAAUCUGUGUUUUUUAUCUGAAAGCUAUGAUGCUAAUGCAGUGAUAUGUGAUAGAGGGGUUGAUGUACUGUGUGAUGCUGUGAGUCAGUCAAAGGCACAAAGGAGCAGAUUAGGUAACGUAGAUAAUCUAAGCACUGCUGGUAUUCAGUACACUGAUACUACUACUGUGCAUUAAACAAGACAAGAAUACUAAAGGGGAAUGAUCUAAACCCAUUAUUUAUCUAAUCCACAACUGAACCCAAACUGCAAGAUGACCAGGAAUAGGUCGACUUCUUCACUCCUGCUGUAGUGUUUGUGUCUGGAGAACCAGGACUUAGUUUCAUGUUCACUUACCUGCAUAUUUUAAUUUGCUAUUGUGUGAAUCUGAGGAACUUUAUUCAUUUUUAGAGACCGACUUUGUGUCUGCUGACUGAUGUUCUCUGAGGGAUGAGGAAACAAAGAUGGAGGCCGUGCGCUUCAGAAUAAAAGCCUUUGAGCCUGAGCAUCAGUCUGUUUGCCAUGUUGGAUAACUCUCUGUCCAACCAUUCAAGGAUUAAGAAGAUCUUGGCAUAGCUAGAGGGACAACACUAAGCUUCAGCUGUAACCACAUUAUUUCACUUGAAUAUCCAAGGUGACUGAUUAAUUAAUAUGUCUUUUUAGCAGGCUGGUGUUGAUCUCCCACACUAGCUCCAACAGAGGCCUGACAUCUUUUGGAUAUCCCUCCAACUCAAACUCCCACAGCUUCACUCGCAGUGUCUUCUUGCUGUCGUCCACCAUCAGGUUGGCCAUGGCUUCAGCAGUCAGCUCUGCAGCAAGCUGGUUGUUCUGCUGAAUUUUCAAGAGUUCAGCCUUGAGAGCCACCUUGGCUUUAUAGGCCUGAACGUUCCAGCAGAUCUGCUUGGCCUCUUUGUAAAUAGGUGACUAAAACAUCACCUUGAUUAGCUUGUAGAUUCCUUUACUGCCUUUGAUAAAUGCCAUCGUGAUCAGAUUCUUGAUGUAUCAGAAGAUAACUUCAAGAUUGAUCGUUUGCACACUGAUAAAACUCUGUCUCCUUUGCAGUCUGAACUAUCUCUAGUAUAAAGUGUCUUAUAUAUGUUUGCACAUCAAUGGACGGACUGAAGAGUGUCAAACAAGAUUGUGAGUCAUAGUAAACAGUCUAUAAACAGUGGGUCAGAAGGAUCAAGAACACAGACUGGUUCUGUUAUCGCCAUGGUGACACAACACAAAACUACACACACACACAUAAAAAAACAAAGCCCUCAAGGUGCUGAAAAGUAAAAAUAAUGUCCCAUGAAAAUGGAUAGGAGCAUAAAAUAAGGAGGAGAUGAGUGUGCAUGGACUUAGAUCAAGUUCACUCUAGCCAAAGAAAAGGAGUUGUUUCAGAAAGAAUAACAGUCUAUUGACUUCAUUUGGUCUCAGAGAGGACACUCAGUAUGUAACCCUUCAUUUUCAUUUAAAAAGAAAAAGGUCUGCUACCUCUUUCUUCUAGAUGAUUGUCAUUUUCUGGUCAGAUUAGAGGUCAUAUUCACAUGGUGAACUGAUAAUAUUUUCAACUUGGCAGAAUGGCUAAGUCUGAUUACAAAAAGGGAGGAGCAAAUCAUGAACUUAUCAAGUCUGAGUUUAAGUUAAAGGUCUAAUGCAGGCUUCAUGUCUGACAGAGGUGAACAUUUCAACAGUCUGAAACAAAUCAAAAUCAUUUAAACUUGAUUUUUUGAUCAAACCGUUUAUAAUUGUUCAAAAGCAUUUCAGCAUGUGGUUAUUAUUUUGAAGUAAAGUGAGACUCUCAAUAUUAUUUCCAAAUUGAGUGAACAGCAGCAGCAGAUCCACAGUCUGAUGUUGGGCAUACCUGAUUGCACUAGUCUAUUCCCAAAU